GAUAAAAAAGUGUAUGUGUCACAUAUAUGUAUGUGUAUCUAUGAUAUGAGUGUCAUUUAUUCAUGGAAAUGAGUUCCACAAGUUAGAAGGCCAUGUUAUUAUCAAAAUAACGUAAACGUUAAAGUAAAAAAAAACUAAAUCAGGAAUAAAAUAAAUAUUCGGGUAGAGAAAAAAUAAAUAAAUUAUAGUUAUUAUGACAAGUCCAGCGGAUAACACUCCAGUGUCAGCUAAAAUAAAAAAACCUUCAGAUAGUGCCUUCAAGCAGCAACGUCUUCCAGCUUGGCAACCUAUACUGACUGCUGGAACAGUACUCCCGACAUUUUUUGUAAUAGGAAUUGCUUUUAUUCCCGUUGGAAUAGGUCUUUUGCAUUUCUCCAAUGAAGUACAGGAAAAAGUUGUCGAUUACACAGACUGCGUGUCGAUAGACUCUAAUAAUGGAACUAAAUGUUCUGACGUAAUAACUAAUUAUCCAAGAAAACCUUGUUUCUGUCAUGUCAACUUUACCCUGGAAUCAGACUUCCCCAGCAAAGUUUACAUGUACUACGGCCUGACCAACUUCUAUCAAAAUCAUCGACGCUACGUCAAGUCGCGGGAUGACUUUCAGCUUUUGGGGACUCUCAGUAAGGAAGUAAACAGUGACUGCGAGCCUUUUGCAUAUGUUGAGGAGAACGGCGAAAAAAAACCAAUUGCGCCAUGUGGAGCCAUCGCUAAUUCGCUGUUCAGCGACGUGCUGAGUAUCAUCGCUCUGGACAUUAACAAUAUGCCAGUUCCGCUAAUAAGAACAGGUAUCGCUUGGCCUUCUGAUAAAAAUAUUAAAUUUAAAAAUCCUCCAGGCAAUCUAGAGCAAGCUUUCGCUGAAUUUGAAAAGCCUCGUAAUUGGAGUAAGAAAGUAUGGCAACUAGAUCCUGAUGAUCCAACGAAUAAUGGGUUUCAAAAUGAAGACCUCAUUGUUUGGAUGAGAACUGCGGCGUUGCCUAAUUUUAGAAAAUUAUAUCGAAGAAUUAACCAUACUGAUUUGCAUUUUAAAAGUGGUUUACGUCAGGGAAAUUAUCAAUUACAAGUUAAUUAUAGUUACUAUGUAUCAUCAUUCCAUGGCAAGAAAAAAAUGAUUUUAAGUACCACAUCACUCUUGGGUGGUAAAAAUCCAUUUUUAGGUAUUGCUUAUAUUGUCGUAGGCUGUGUAUGUUUAGUUUUGGGUAUUGCAUUAUUAAUUAUACAUAUUAAAUGUUCCAAAAGCACAAAUGAAAUAAUAAACGUAAAUCAACAUACGCCGUAUCAAUGAAGCCUUAUUGAUUAAAUCGACUUGCAUUGAUUUGUUAUUUUUGUCAAAGACAAACACUUAAGCGCUUUGAAUUAAAAAUAUUAAUUUACAAAG